AUGGCCGCGAGCGCGGACGAGGAGUACGCGAUCGAGUGCGGACGAUGCGGUGAUUUGUUCCUCGGGAACACGCACGGGGCGUGCGCGCGGGCGCUGGAGACGCACGCGCGGACGUGCGAGGUGGGACCAUUGGAGGACGCGAGCGAAGGGGACGCGCUCUGGCGUAAGUGCUCGGUGUGCGAUGAUUACGAGCUGUCGUCGAGGGAUAAAGGGGCGUUUUACUUGGCGUGGAGUCGACACAUGGAGAGCGAGGAGCAUCGGGAGAGCGUGGCGGCGAGACGGGCGAUGCUGCGGGCGGCGGCGACGCUUCCGCGGCGGCGGCGAGAGACGGAUGGCGAGAAGGGGUGCUCGGAGCGGUGCGAGCUGUGUCGCAUCACGAUUAAGGGGUCGGGGGCGAUGAAUUUGGCGAAUAACGUCAUGCAGCACGAGCGCUCGGCGAGGCAUCGGGAGUUGGCGAAGGAGCGAGCGGAGAAAAAGACGCGCCGGAUCGAGGCGUACGAGAACGCCGAAGCGAAGACGAAAGCGGUGCCGUUGAAGAUGAAGAACGUGUACGAUGCGUUGGAGAGGAUUGGGAGCGAUCGAUCGGUGUCGCCGAGUUCGUUUCAAGGCGACGCGGACGACGCGAAGUCGACGAAGCGUGUCUUGACCGAGUCAAAGAGCGCCGCGCUCACUGUCGUGCGAGCGUACUUGCGAAAUAGUCGAUGCGCAUCGGAGUUGCACCUACCGACGGUGGUGGACCGAGGAACCAUCUUAAAGAUGGAGCCCAAUCCAGGUGGGAACUUUUUGCGGAAGAACUUUGCGUUCUUGGGACGAACACUCAAAUUCGUCAAACCCGUGAACAACGCGAAGGAGCAGGCAUGGAGCGCGCCACCCGAACCUUCGGCGGAAAAUUUCGAUGCAUAUUUGAAUCUACAUUCGUCGUUCUGCGCCGUCGUGUGCGGAAAACCGGGCUCGGGAGUUUCUCACACUUUACGGGUUCUGACUGAGUCGUGUCUCGUGCCCGCCGCCGACUUGCAACCCGAGCCGGCCGAAGAUGCAGUUAUGACAUUAGAGAAGCCGAUGACAGCGCUUGCGUUUGCAUCGGCUCCAACCGACGCCGACGACACCACGUUUCGUCACAAUUUCCCAUCCGUGCACAAUUUUACCGGUUUCGAUCGCAAGACGGAACGAUGCGCCGAAGUCCCGGAGUCGGUUGGGGUGAAGAACAGCACUGUUUUCACGUCUCCGUGGUCGCACGGCGAUUGGACGUCACGGAUACCAGACGUUAACGCACUCAUGUUCCCUGAAAGAACCGGGAAGGUCGCGGUGAAGCCUUUGCUUUUUGCGUGGGAUUCUCUCACGAGACAACAUCUGAGAUCUUUGCUCGGACUCAAAGAAGAAAAUGAAGAUGAAUGGCUUCUCCGUUUGAUUCAUAACAAGCCUUCGACGUUCCAAUUGUUCUACGAUGAGUUGGAAUACUAUUGCAAAGACCGACCCUUACUCAUGGAUCGCGCUGCGAUGUUGAAGACGUUUGUGCACCAAAACAUCAAUGAUGGUUCAGUCAACGCGAGCGCGGGGUCUCCGUUCGAGGAUCAAAUUAUCGAUGGUACGCUCCACAUUAUCGAUUUGAAGGAUCCAGCGAUCGACGAUGUGUUUGCGAACGGCGUCUGUGAGGUCGCACUGAGUUUGUUUCGCAAACCAAAGGUUUCUCCAAACAACAGAAAAGUCGUCUUACUGCACGACGCCGAAGUGUUUCUCAGUCUCGGCGGGCGGAAGGGUUUCGCCAACGAGCUCCUGGACGUCGUGCGAACGAUGCACCAAAACGAAACGAGCGUCGUCAUCGGGACCAACGCAUCGCCCGCGAACCUACCCGAGGACCUCCUCGCCUUUGCCUCGCUACACGUCGUGCACAGCGUGACGGCGUCGAGGUGGCUCGACGUAUUAUUCCGAAACGUCCACGACGCCGACGCCGUGGAUCUCACUCGCAAGAUCCAGCGUUUAUACCCCGGUGAGGCCGUGAUGUUGUGCGCCCACUCCGUCCCGCGCGUCGUCCGCAUCAGAAACGCGCUCACCGCCGGCGCCCGCGCGCCGUGA